AUGUCGAAUGAUAUUGCCGCAAACCGCUCGGGGCUCAAGGACUUUCUCGCAUCUAUAGCGACCAUCUCGGGAGAUCUCUCAAACAUUACUGCGCCGCCUUUUGUACUAGCUGAGAAUUCGACGGUUGAGAUACCACAGUACUGGGCGGACCAUCCGUAUCUCUGGGCAGCGCCGGCGUUGGAAGAAGAUCCCGAGAAGCGCGCGCUGCUUGUGCUGAAGAACUUCCUAGGCUCACUACGGGGGCAGCAAUAUGCGGGGCGAAAGGAGGAGGACGGCGUCAAGAAGCCCUUGAACGCCUUUCUCGGGGAGCUGUUUCUCGGCAGCUGGAACACUGAGGAGCUGGGAGAGACAAGGUUGGUCUCUGAGCAGGUCGGCCAUCAUCCGCCAGUAACGGCGUGCUAUCUGUGGAACGACCAAGUCGGCAUCCGAGCUGAAGGGUUUACAGAACAGGAGAUCACCUUUUCAGGAAAUGUCAGCAUCAAGCAAAAGGGCUAUGCCAUUGUGCAUGUCGACAAGUACGACGAGGACUACCUCCUGCCCCUGCCGAAUAUCAAAGUAAAGGGUCUGUUAGGUGGGGUACCACAUCCGGAGUUGUGCGGCGAGUAUUCUCUCAUCUCGUCCAACGGAUAUAUCUCGCACAUCAAAUUCGAAGGCAAGUCCCUCUUUGGCUCCGGGCAUAAGAACGGUUUCGAAGCGAGAUUCUUCCAUGCAGAUAGGCCCGAUGAGACGAUCUACACAAUUGAAGGAGCUUGGAACAGCACGUUUACUAUCAAGGACGCGCGGAAUGACUCUGAGGUGGAGACGUUUGACGUUAGGACUAUCAAACACAAACCCAUGACUGUGCCCGACCUUUCAGAACAGGACUCGUGGGAGAGCAGGAAAGCAUGGGGCGACGUCAUAUCCUCCCUGCACAAAGGUGACAUGAAAGGCGCCACCACAGCGAAGAAUGCAGUCGAGAACGGCCAAAGACAGAUGCGAAAGGACGAAGAGGCAAAGGGCGAGGAGUUCAAACAUGUUUUCUUCAAUAGAGUAUCCAACGACCCAAUCUUCGACAAACUAGUCAAGCAUGACCCUCAAGCUUACACCAUCGACCCCUCGGGCGGCAUAUGGAAAGCCGACAAGCAAGCCGCGGAGCAGCGACAGCGCCCGUUCCAUGGUGACCUGACACCGUCUAAUCAGAGAGUAGCGCACAAGCAGGGGCAGCCGCAAGAGGGUAGACGAUCAAUAAAUGGCCAGGACCAAGACAGCGGUGGGGCUGCUGGUGCGGUAGGCUCGGCGAAGUCGUCCAACGGCUAUGCACCGGAUGCGCCGGUUCAGAACGGAGCACCAAAACCAGUCGGCGACGCAACGCCCCGUGACGAAAAACGUCCAGAUUCGGCAGUGGGGAGGAAAGGGGAUUUCCGCCGUCAGUCGAGUAAUGCGAUAGACGUUACUGAUGAGAUGGUGGAGAACUUUUUGAGGGCCAAGACGAGUAACCUGCGAGUGUAA